GGUGGCAGCGCAGUGGUGACACUUCUGCCUCUGCCAUGUCACCGGUUGCCUGCUCGCUGCUUUCGUUUGUGGCACUCCUCGCUGUUUCCAAAGCCGUCGUUACCCCUGUAGAAGAACACGGACCAUGUGCUAAAUUCAUAAUGGACAUUACUUCGGCAAACAGGGACUCCUAUAAUGGUAUUGACGAGGUCAAGUUUCAGUUUGAAGCAAACAAGGAUGAAGUACUACACAGUGUUAGAAACACCUGCAAACAACUAGGCUCAGAAGUGGCCAAGCAGAUAGUGGAGGCAUGCGAUGAAGACUAUAUAUAUCUUACAAAGCCUAUACUGGCGCCGCUGGGUGCCGAGAUACUGUCACCGGUGUAUGCGACCUGUGAGGGCGUUCCAGAUUGCGGGCACAGUCAUCUACGUCACACAAGUGUGCGAUCACGUCCCAGAGACGACUCCGCUGGCUGGGACUGGGACACGUUCAUAGAAUGGACCCUGACAGAUAGCCACGUGAAGUCAUGCUCGGACAGAUUGCUGAAGCUAAGAGACCGCAUUCCAACUAACCGUUGGGAGGAACCGGAGAUGAGACCCGAGUGGCGUCGUAACCUGCGGGAAGGCAUGGCAAAGCACGAGCUCUGGUUGGAUCACCUUAACCAGAAACGAAUUCGCAGAGCUGCUGGACCACCCCAGGAGUCAAGACACAUCUGUGAUCGGUGCGGCAAGAAGUGCCGAUCGGGCAUUAGUCUAUCUAUACAGUCACCGCAGUCGAUGUAG